UUCUUUAAAUCAUUUUUUUUAUUAUAAAAAUUGUAAAUUAGUUAUUUGAGGACACAUACAGAGAGAUAUUGAUUAAAAAAAUUUAGUAUAUCAAUGUUUGUGUUAUCAAACUUAAAUAACUGAUAAAUAAUAAGCGUUAAUAGUCUUAAUUUUAACGAGAGUCCACAUGGACAUGGUUGAGAGGCCAUAUGGAAUAUCACUAAAAUAUCAAUAAAUAUCAAUAUCAAUAAAUUAAUGUUGCGCAGUCGUUGUUUGUUUAUUUUAUUCUUUUUUCAUUAUGUAUUCCAAUGAAUGUUACAAUUAAAAACAAAACAUAAAACUUUAUCGAUAUCAGUGUAACUCAAUUUUGUCAUUGUUGAAAAUUUAAGAUAAUAACAAGUAAAUACCCACGUUGUUGUUGAAAAAUAUCUAUGACAGGUUAGUUGAACACGUGAUAAGAAAUAAUUAAUUCAUAAUAAUUACAUCAUGGAAGAAUAUUUAAUAAAUGAACCAUGUAAAAAAGAUGAGAAAACAAAACAAAAAUUCACAGAUGCUUUGCAACUUUGCUUGGAUCUUCUGAAUGAAAAUAACAACAUUUAUCGAAAUAAUAUAGAAUACAGUAGUAAUAAUAUAUUAACACGAAAAUCAGCAAUAAUUGGUCAUGAAAUGUAUGAAUUUUUUAAAGAAACAAUAAAUAAUCUAACAAUUAAAGAAGAAAUAAUUGAACCACAUACAGAAAAAAUAAAAUUAAAAAGAGUUUCUGUUAAAUUGGAACGAUUGGAUCCUGAUGUUAUAAAAAAUUUAACUGAGAAAAAAAAUAAGAAUGUGUCUAUUGUUAAUGAUAAUGAUGGUGUAAAAAAUGUUGAAACACAAAAUAAACCAAAAACAUUUAAAAAACCAAAAAAUGUGUAUAUAAGUCAAAAAAAGAAAUUGGAAAUAAUUAAUUUGAUACGAAAACACCCAACUUGGACAAUGAGAAUGAUUAAAGAAAAAAGUAAUUAUUAUAGUUGUCAAUUACCUCAAGUUAAACAAUGGAUAGCAAAAUUUAAAAAAGGUGGAUCGCAUUCUAAGCUUAUGAAUAUAAUAAAUCGUCAUGUAUAUGGAAAAUAUAUUAAAUUUAAAAGACAAAAUAAAAAUAUUACUGAUGAAGAUUUAACAAAAUGGGCUGGUGAUGCUAUUGAAAAAUAUAAUAUUUCAUAUUCGAAACAUUUUGAACUCCAGAUAAAUUGGUUGGAACGUUUUAAACGAAUAUAUUGUAUAUCUGUGUCGAAAAAUCCUGAUGGUCAAGAUGAUAGUGAUAAUGACAGUGAUGAUGAUGAUGACGAUGAUGAUGAUGAUGAUUCUGAUAAUAAAAGUAAUUCCUCAGACAUUGCAAAUGAAAAUGAUAAAGAAACUGAUGAUGUUGAUGCAUUAAAUUUCAAUGAAAUCGAUAAAGUUUCUGUUAAAUUUUCAGAAAGAGUAUAUAUUUCAUUUGAAGAUAAAAAAAAAAUUGUUGAUUUAGCACGUAAUAAUCCAACGUGGUCAAUUCAUGAAAUAAGAAAACAUAGUAAUUGUAAUUAUAUACAAGGAUUGAAACAAAUACGUCAUUGGAAAAAAUGUGUUGACAAAGGUGUAAAUGUUACUGAUGAAAUGAAAGAGAUUAAUAACUGGGUAUAUAAAAAAUGUCUUUUGUAUAAAAAAAAGAAAAAAAAAUUAUCAAAUGAAUUGAUUAAAAAAUGGGGACUUGAAGCUAGAGAUAUUAUAUUGUCAGAAGAUAAUAAACGUCACAGGACAUCAUUUGUUGCUGGUGAUUGUUGGAUUCAUUAUUUUAAAAAAAAAUACAACAUCAAAGGAAGAAAUGCACGUGAAUUACAAAUUGUAGAUAAAAUGAAAAUCAACAAAACAUUUGAUCAUCGUUUUAAACCUUUAGGUAUUCCAUUUGAAACAAAAUUAAAAAUUGUUAAUACAGUACGUGAAAAUCCAGACUGGACUCCAGAUAUGAUAAAAAAACAUUGUAAAUAUAAUAAAAACUUGGACAGACAAACUAUUCGUGAAUGGACAGAACAAGUUAAGAGAGGUGGUUCAUAUGUUGAUAAAAUGAAAAAAAUUCACGACUGGAUUUAUCAAAAAUGUAUUGAUUAUAGAAAGAAUUAUAAUCAACUUAGUUAUAAAAAUAUCAGAGAAUUUGGUCGGCAAGCUUAUGAAAUUUAUUUCCCUGAUAAAAAAAAUAGAAUACCAUUUACAGCAUCAGAGGGUUGGAUUUAUAAAUUUAAAAAUUCAUUUGGUAUCGUUGGCAGAUCACCAAAUUUAAUAAUUACAAAUAAAUUAACCAAUGACGAAAUUUCGGAUACGACUGAAGCUCCAAACGAGGAAUCACCUGUUGCUCAAGAUGAGUCUGAUGAUGAUAGCUCAGUUGAAUCAAAUGACAAAAAAAGUAGAGUUACGUAUGAUGAUAAAAUAAAAGUUAUUAAAUUAGCACGCGAAAAUCCAACUUGGACAAUUGCAAUGCUGCGACAAGUCAGUGGUGUAAAGUGUUUAAAAGGAAUAACAACACUUGAUUUAUGGAAAAAAGAAGUUAAAAAUGGAGGAAAUAAACGUGAUAAAUCAUACAGACUAAAUCAGUGGCUUGAUAAUAAAGUCAAUGAAUAUAAAUCCAAGAAUAAAAAACUGACACGUGAAAUAAUACAAGGUUUUUUAGAUGAAGCAGAAAAAAGUUUAAAGAUUAAAAAUUUAAUCACCCCAAAAGGUAGAACAUGGUGGUGUAAAUUCAGAAAAAGACAUAAUCUUGAUAUUAAUUGUCACGUACCAAAAUCAAAAGUAAAUAAAUAAGAAAACAAAAAUUUUUUUU